AUGUCGACGUUUCCGGAUUACUACAAGUUACUUGAUAUCCCGCAUAGUGCAACGGCAGACCAGAUUAGACAAGCGUACAGGGUGCAGUCACUGAAGACACAUCCGGAUCGUUUGACCAAGGCAACCGUGGAAGAGAAAAAGGCUGCGACUGAGCGUUUCCAGGCAGUAGCGGAUGCGUACUACGUUCUCUCCGAUGCAACGAGGAGGAAAGAGUACGAUGCGUUGUAUGCAUCGCGUGGCCCUCAGGAGAAGACCAAUGAACCGAACGCUUCGGCUAAUUUCUUCUCCGCAUUUGCUAGUAUGUUCGGUGGAGGCUCAUCCUCGGCAGGGAACGCGGGCUCCUCUACCGGAGCAGCUGGUGAGAGGCCUGAUGCUGACCAUGUAUUCGCCGAUGUGUUCGAGGAGCUUUUCACACCGGAAGUUCAGCGCCAUGCACCAUGGUGGGCUUGGUUUGGAGCGGUUUCUGGCGCUGGACUCGGCUUUAUAGUCGCCAAUAUACCUGGGGCAAUGGUUGGCGCAUACGCAGGCAAUCGACUUGGCGCUAUCAGAGAUGCGAAGGGGAAGAGUGUAGCAGCCGUGUUCUCUCAACUCGGCGGCUCCCAGAAGGCAGAGAUCUUGCGUGCCUUGGCUGCGAAAGUGUUGGGUGCUGCA